AUGACUAUACUCUAUCUUUUUCUUCUUUCACUUUUCUUUAUUUUUAACUUGUUGCCUUCUAUCUUUUCGUUUCUUUCUAUGAUUCUUCUGUUUUUGAUAUCUAUAUUUUUCUUUCAUUUUGUAUUCUCUUUCUUUUUCUAUAUUUUACCCAUUACCAUGUUCUUUUUUUUUAUUGUUCUUUUUAUUUCUUUUCCCAUUCUUCAUUUUCCUACUUCUCAUCUGUAUUUCCAUUGUAUCAUAUUUCAGUUACCAUUUUUUCCUGUUUUCUCUAUUUCUCUCUCUUUUUCCAAAAUAUUCCUUUUUUUUUCUUCUCCAUUUUCUUUUCUUGUGUUUCUUUACACUAAACUAGUUUAUCUUAAUUUUUCUACUUCCCUUUAUUUUAUACUCCUUGUGUUUCAUUUUUCUUUCUUUUCCUCUUCAUUUCUUGUUGUCUCUUUGUGCUGUUUUUGCUUUCUCUUUUUUCCUAUCUUACUUUCACUUUCACUUUUUUGUUCUUUGUAUCUUUCUCUUUCUCUCCUUCCAUCACUUUUUUUUCUCAUCUUCUUUUCUUUAUUACUUUCUUUCUGUCAGUUUUCUUUUCUUUCUUUUUUCCUUAUCAUUUUCUUUCUAUCAGUUUUCUUUUGUAUUUUUUUUCUUUAUUAUUUUUUCUGA